AUGAGGAUCCUUGCAAUACUAUGGACAGCAUGUUUAGUAAGAUUGUGCAGUGCAGGGUGUCUUGGAGGAGGUACUAGAGAUGACGAGGUUACUGAUCAAGCAGAACAAGGAGGUUCUAAUGAAGUAUCUACGGAGAAUAUUAGUACUCCACCUACUCAACAAGGACAAGCUGCUAAACCAGCGACUCCUGUUACUCAGUCGGCUGGACAAGGUGAUGAUACUCUGGAUCUUGCUCAUCUGGACGAGUCCAAGGUGGAUAUUCUCAGAGCUAGUAGGAAUGAAGUGGAGAAGAAGGAGUAUUAUCCAAAGGAUACUUCCAAGAUUACUACUGUUAUGGAUGGUAAUAAGGAGUUAUGGAAGAAAGAUGAAGAUUAUCAAAAGUUCCUAUCUGCAACAUUGUCAUCCAAGGGAAAGUCAUCAGUACUUUUAAUUUCUACCAAUGCUGGUAUAAAACACUUUAAGAAGGAUGGAGACCAGUGGAAGAAUGGUAACGAGGAUCAUAACAGUAAGCUUGAAGCUCUAAGGGAGAUUGCGACAAGGUCUACUACUCCAACUCAAGCUUCUCAGUAG